AUGAAUGUUGUUUGCUCAUCUAAUGACGUAUUUCCAUUGUAUAUAAUUUUUCAGGUUCAGAACAAGCAGGAGAAGAAGCCAGGGACCCCUCCUCCCGCCCCUGUCACUCCUCCAGUAAUUACUCGACCUGCCUCCCCUCCACCUGCAAACAAAGUAACAGCCACCCCUUCCCUGUCUUUAAACAUUCCACGAUUCUACUUCCCCAGAGGACUGCCCAACCCCGGCAACAACCAUGAGGACAUCAUCAACAAGACUGAAGCAACCUUUGCCAGUAUGGAGGAUGAAAAGGCAGAUAUUUAUGAAAUGGGAAAGAUUGCCAAGAUAUGUGGUUGUCCUCUGUACUGGAAAGCAGCUCUGUUUAAUGCGGCCGGAGGAGAGAGGACGGGAUUUGUGUCUGUGCAUUCAUUUAUUGCAACGUGGAGAAAGUUGCUACAGAACUGUCACGAUGACACUUCCAAAUUCAUCUACCUUUUAGCAAAACCAGGCUGUAGCUAUUUAGAGCAAGAAGACUUCAUCCCCCUCCUGCAGGACAUUGUGGACACACAUCCUGGAUUAACAUUUCUUAAAGAAGCUCCAGAAUUUCACUCCCGAUACAUAACAACGGUCAUUCAGAGAAUAUUCUACACAGUGAACAGGUCCUGGUCUGGAAGAAUCACACCUACUGAACUUCGCAGAAGUAACUUCCUUCAGACACUGGCUCUGCUGGAAGAAGAAGAUGACAUCAACCAAGUGACAGAUUAUUUUUCCUAUGAACACUUCUAUGUCAUCUACUGCAAGUUCUGGGAACUGGAUACUGACCAUGACCUGUACAUCGACCAGAAGGACUUGGCAAGAUACAACGACCAUGCUUCUUCAAACAGAAUAAUUGAGCGGAUAUUUUCUGGAGCCGUAACUCGGGGGAAUGCUGUGCAGAGAGAGGGAAGGAUGAGCUAUGCAGAGUUUGUCUGGUUUCUGAUUUCAGAGGAAGACAAGAAAAACCCCACCAGCAUUGAGUACUGGUUCCGCUGCAUGGACCUGGAUGGAGAUGGAGUGUUAUCAAUGUAUGAGCUGGAGUAUUUUUAUGAAGAGCAGUGUGAAAAGAUGGAGACCAUGGGCAUCGAGCCACUACCCUUCCAGGACUUGUUGUGUCAGCUCCUGGACCUGGUGAAACCUGAAGAAGAAGGUCGAAUAACACUGAGAGAUCUGAAGCGAUGUCGAAUGAGUCAUAUAUUUUUUGACACAUGCUUUAAUCUUGAGAAAUACCUGGACCAUGAGCAGCGAGAUCCCUUUGCAGUGCAAAAGGAUGUAGACAAUGAAACACCAGAGCCAUCAGAUUGGGACAGAUAUGCAGCAGAAGAAUAUGAAAUAUUAGUUGCUGAGGAAACUGCUACUGAACACUUACAAGAAGGGUAA